AUGUCCCUUAGAUUUUUAGAAUUGCUAGCCAAAAUGGAAGGAAAGACAAGAAAUGCCCAUCUUGACAAAGUGCUGUCAGUACUCAACGUGAUGAUGCAUACAUACAGAGACAGGCAUGAAGUAGAACAUUGGUAUGUACAUUGUAUAACGAUCUAGUGCAGUCAAUGGCCAGAGAGUAAUAUUAUUGCACUUGGAUGCCCGGUUCUAUCAGUAUAAGCUUUUGAUUUUCAUUAAAAUACAAGUGUAAAAUUUUCUUUAAACAUGAUGUAUUUUGAUUAGUCCCUCCUUCAAAGUAGUUAGAGUCAAAGGCUAAUUAGUUAUAAUUUUUUGUACACUUUUAUUAGGAGAACAUCCAGAUUUGCCAUCACUGAGACUUCACUAAAAGGUAAAUGAAAUGAAAAUGGUCUUGAAACUAAAUGCGCUUUUAUGCUGGUAUUCGUAUGUUGGGAAAAUCCCGGACAACCGGGAAUCUCACUGUUUCCCAAUUGUCCAUUUUGAUUGUUGAAGUUUUUUUUUCAGUUUCUGUUGGGGCCAUUUUAACUCCCAGGAGAAACUGAAGACAAUGCUUAUGCAAAAUUUUGGGGUGACAAACAAAGAGCAUUAUAUUAUUUUGGUAUGUUAUGGCAUUAUCUGUAGUGGUUAAUUUGCCUGUCAAUCCUGGACCUCCCUGACAGUAAUACCAACCAUCUGGGAUGUGUUGGGAAAACAGAAACACUCCUCUCUCCUGAUUUGUCCCUGACCAUGUCAGGUGACAAGAGAUAUCUGUGAUUUUAAGUUUUCAUUGGUUGGAAAAAUGUGCGAUUGUCAGGAAACAGAAAAAAACCCAGGUCAUCUGGGAUUUUCCUGACACUUCAGAUCAGUUUGUCAAUCCUGAAUCAGGGGCUUGGGUCAAAUCAACCUCAGUUUUUUGUGGCAAACAUCAAUCUUUUUUUUUUUUUUUUCAGGAGAAGGUUCAAAAUCAGUUAAGUCAACAUAUGAAUGCAUUCAAGCGAUUCCUACACCUCAAAGUACUUACAAGUAUGAAAAUGGUUGUAGUACUGAGAAUGAUGCACAAGACAUUGCAGUGAAUCAAGAUAGCACCAAUGAUGCCAGGGUUUUGUUAAGCAAUGACCUUGUGCGUUUUCAAUUGCAAGAGUGUCUCCAAGAGUGUGUGGCAAGCAGGUUCAUGUGUUUGGAGAAUGAUGAUGACUUAACAAGCGCUCACAUCACAGAGGACCUCUUUGAAAAGGGGGAUGGCACCGCAGACCACACCCCGUGUUGUAAACCUGUACGUGUAGAUCUAGUUGACACUGACAUUGCAGAAGCCAACAAUAAUGAAGAGUAUGCAUUUAUGUUCUGUCAGUAA